AUGGCAGUUUUUUACACACUGCUGGUGUUAUUCUUAGCAGUUUUUGUUGCUGGAUUUAUAUUGUUGGUUAUGGGGGCAAUUAAUUUUGAUUUCUCCAACUCAGAAAUUCCUCCUGGAGUGAAUCAGCCUGUAAAGCUUCGAAUCCUUCAUAUAACUUUAAUAAUCAGAGCAGUGGUGGGAAAGAUUUUGGAAAAUAUUGGCAUCUGCAGUCAGGUUAGCUUUAUCCGGUACAUUGAAAGUAGAAAGAUUCUAGGAGUGGACCCGAAGCUCUUCAUCAAGGACCUGUGGUUUGAGAAAGUACGUGUGAGGAUUUAUCAGCCUAAGGUUCCAUCUGCCAGCCAAAGGAGAGGAGUCAUGUUUUUCCAUGGAGGAGGAUGGGUGUUUGGAAGCCUUGAGACCCAUGAAAAACUAUGCCGCUUUAUUGCCAGAGAAAGUGAAUCAGUGGUUGUAUCUGUUGGGUAUCGUUUAGCUCCUGAACACAAAUACCCUGCUGCGUAUGAAGACUGUCUUAAUGCCACCAUACACUUUAUGAAGAAUAUAGAGGACUAUGGAGUGGAUCCUGCCCGUGUAAUUGUCUGCGGGGACAGUGCUGGGGGCAACCUAGCAGCUGCUGUUAGCCAGACCCUUGCAGGGAGAUCAGACCUCCCCAAACUACGUGCUCAGAUCUUGAUCUACCCAGGCCUUCAGGCACUGGACUUCAAUUUACCAUCCUAUCAGCAGAAUAAGAAAGUCCCUCUCUUAUUCCAAGAAUGUGCCGCUUUCUGCAUGUUACAGUACCUACAUGGGAACGCAUCAAAUCUGGAAGAGGUCUUGGAGGGUUCCCAUAUUCCUAUAGAUAUUAAAUUAAAUUAUAGGAAGUGGGUGAGUCCAGAUAACAUCCCCGAAAAAUUUAAGGUCAGAGGCUACAAACCACAUGUGGUACUUGACUGUACAACCAAAGUUUAUGAGACAGUGAAAAGAUUCUGGGACCCCAACCUGUGUCCCCUGUUAGCCGAAGACACUCUGAUUCAGCAGCUGCCUGAAUCUUUCAUCUUGACUUGUGAAUAUGACGUGCUGAGGGACGACGGCCUGCUUUACAAGAAGAGAUUGGAGGACAAUGGUGUUCGAGUGACCUGGUACCACCUUGAGGAUGGAUUCCAUGGAAUCAUAAAUUCAUUUAAUAGUGACUGGUUGUCAUUUUCAUCUGGAAAAAGGGGUCUUGACAAUAUUGUGAACUUUCUAAAAAGCUUAUAG